AAUAACAGACUCAACCCUCUCUCUCUCUCUCUCUCUUUCCAACGAUGGAUAAUAUUCUUCUCCUCUCGCUCACUCUCUCUCUUCUCUUCACAACCACCGUCGCCACCGUCACCAGCCAAGAACUCGAUGCGGCCUUGUUCGCCAUCCGAUCGCGAGGCUAUAAUCUCUUCCCUAAUGCCAUUACCACAUCAGAUAUCCACCUACUCCUCCUCUCUCUGAAUUCCACGUUUACCCUCUUCUCCCCUCCGGACCCUCUCGUCUACUCUCUUGACCUCUCCUCCACAACCUCUCUUUACAUCCAAUCCCUCCUCCGCCACGUGUGCCCCUUACGCCUCUCCAUGUCAGACCUGCGAAGCAUCAGAAGUAGUCCUUAUCUUCAUACUCUCAACCCUCCCCAACGUAUCGUCAUCGACAAGUAUCUUGUUCGCGACAACGGUAAUGUUUCGGAGUCUAUUUUGUUGGAUGGGGUUCGGAUCUCUGUUCCGGAUCUUUUUCUCGGGUCGGCCAUUGCAGUGCAUGGGCUCGAGGGGAUUCUUGUUGCCGAAGUCGGUUCUAAUUCCAGGGAGGAGCACAUUGGUGACUCACCUUCUUUGUCGCCGGUGGCUGCUUGGUCUGAGCGGAAUGCUCCAGCGAGUUCCCCGACGGUGGAGAUGGGAUUGAGGGGGCCAUUAAGCCCAGAUUCUUGGCCAGAGAAGAGAAAUGGAAGGCGUGGUCACCGGACAGGGAAUCAGCGAGGGUUUCAUGAUGAUCUUAGCAAUCAAAGCGGACAGAAUCAUUUUGCCAAGUACAGUCGUCAAUUUGGUGCGUGAGUUCGUGAAAAGAUAGCCAAAGAUAAAUUCGGUGUAGGGUCUGCUUGGAUGCUGAGAAAAUUAAUAAUCAGAGCGAGGGACAAAUUUUU